GAAGGUUCUCAGUUCAAAUCCCACCUUGCCUGUAGUACCCGCGAUCAAGCCAAGGUACUUGUCUUGAAUAGAUACAGUACGAGUAGCGUGCUGCAUAAAUGAGCAAAUCAUGACUGACCGUGUGUCGCCCUGGAGAUACUAGAUAGUUGCCAGCUACGAAAAGGUUAAUAACAAUGACGUAACACGCCCAGCUUCCCGACCGUAGCGCUCCUUCCCUCCCGGAGCUCGACGCUGGGCAGCUGAAAGGCUGCCGCUGACGUGGAGGCUCCGGACGGGCGCGAUGGCGGAGCCGAGCCGGAACGCCAGGCUCUCUGCGGCCAAGAAGAAGCUGAAGGAAUUUCAGCAGAAGCAUUACCCUGCAUCCGAGAGGGCUGGAGUUAAAAAGAAAAGAAAGGUGAUGGAAGAGAGCUCCUCGGACCUCCACUCUGAGGCAGAGCAGCCGCCUGAUAAUCAAAUCUUUGCAGACGAGCUGAGAACGGAUUCACAGCCUGGCCUUCCAGCUGACAACCUGUGUGAAAAGCCUUUCUAUGACUGGCCUCCUCUGAAUCGUGAUAGCUGUAUUAACACAGAGGAUGAGCAUGCCAUUGACAGAACUACAGUUAAGAAAGUCAGUGAGGAUACAGGCCACUCUGAUAGUCAGACAUCAGAAAUCAGAUCUUUGUCAUCCACAGAAAGCCUUCGUCAGAUUUCAGAGAAGCUCAGUGGCCUGGUGUCUCAGUCAUCAUCUUCGUAUGGAAUUACUGCCUCACCACCUGAUGAUGGAGAAGACCUUAAGCAUCAAAACCAGGUGUUGGUUGGUGCCACCUCCAGUCUCCAAACAAACACUGAACUCACUGCAGAAGUUGAACAGUUGACGCAGAAGUGCCAGGACCUCUCUGAUCAGCUACAGAAGGAGCGUAAAGAAUUUGAGGAGAGACUUGUGCAGGAGCAAGGGAUCAUGCGGGAGCAGCUGCAGGUCCACAUUCAGACCAUCGGGCUCCUGGUGUCUGAGAAAUCUGAGCUGCAGGCCACUCUAUCUCACACUCAGCAAGUCACUCAACAGAAAAUGGCGGAGGUGGAGGAGUUGAGCAGCUGCUUGCAGUCCACCAAACAGAGGGUUUCUGAGCUGGAGAGAACCCUGUCCUCUCUUUCUGCGCAGCACAAACAGCUGGAGAAGAGAUCUAAAGAACUCAAAAGAGAGAAUGACAGCUUGAAACUUAACCUGCAAAAGCAGAAAAAGGAUGAGGCGAAGCAGCAGGCCUCUGCGCUGAAAGAGCAGUUUGAGCAGAGCAUGAACCAGAGCUCCGUUGAUGAACUCCGCGAGAAGCUCGAGAAGGCUGAACUCAUGAUCCAGCAGGUAGAGCGCAAGCACCAUCCAUUCCACAGCCUGCCCUGGAGUACUUUCAAUGCAUGGCAGUACUUUCAGUGGUCAUGUUGCUUAUGCUCUUUUCUCUUCUUAUUAUGUUGCUUUGUCGUGGUCAGUUCUCUCCACCAUCCAGCAGACCCAGCUGCUCCCAGAGGAGAAGUUGUGGUUUCAGGCCCAGAUUGCAUAGGUCUCCAAGAGUCUCAUUUUCAGCUGCAAGUGGAGAGAGACCAGUAUGUCACACAGAUGCAAAAGGAAGGACAGGUCUGGAAAAACAACACUGAACAUCUGCUCUCUCAGGUUUCCUUGCUGUCAGAGGAGAGGGACAGCGGUUUAUCGCACAUCCAGGAGCUGAAGGCUCAGAUCACAGAGCUGAAGAGUACUGCUGCCGUGGUGACCAAGCAGGCAGAGAGUCGUCUUCUGCCUGUGAGUCCUACAGAAGAAGAGCUAUCCCUCCAGCAAGCCCUGAAGUCCAUGGAGCAAGAGAAGCUCUCACUGCACUCCCAAUACCAGGCACAGGUACAGGAUAAUGAGCAGUUGUCUCGACUCUGUCAGGAGCAGGAGGUACGUUUAGAAAACCUGGAACAGGAAGUCCGACUGCGGGCGAAGGAGGCAGAGGACUGCCGUCGCGUCCUCGAGGAAUCCCAGAGGGACAAAGCCAGCGCUAGUGAAGCACUGAGCCACAACCAGGAGCUGAAGGAGCAGCUUGCCGAGCUGCAGAACGGCUUCAUCAAGCUGUCCAAUGAAAACAUGGAGCUGACGAUUGGGCUGCAGUCAGAGCAGCAUGUGAAGAAAGAGCUGGCUCGAAACGUGGGCCGGCUGCAAGAGGAGCUGCGCCUUGUCAAAGAGCAGGUGAUUGCCGUGUUCUUCCUGUGCGGUGAAGAGCCUCCCGUCGUUUACCCGCUGGAUGCCAGGUUGCAGGAGCUGCAGGUGGCCCAGGAGCGGGGUCACCAGUACCUGGUCCAUCUGCACAAGUACGCGGCUGGUUACCAACAGCUGGCCGCAGAGCGGGAGGAACUGCGGCAGCGCCUCCUGCAGGAGACGCAGCUGAUGGACAGGCUGCAGCAAGAGGUACAGGACAAGGCAGAGCUGGAAGAGGCUCAGGAGAAUCUGAUGCAGUUGUCCAAAGGCCAUGAGGAGACUGAGGUAGCUGUACAGGGCCCUCAGAGCAGUACAGCAUUGACCACACUCAGAGAUCAAGGCGAUGGGUUAGAGAGUCAGUCCUUUCUAGAAAUGUUUAAAAAGCCCUGUAUUACCAUCCCAGAAGAGCUGAGCAGUAGAGAAGAGUUGGAAGAGUUCUUGCAGUCCACCCUGUCUCGAAUGGUGGAGGAGAGAGACAAGUUGAGGCAAGAGCUUGAGGAGCAGAGGAGGCUGCACCAUGUUGCUGUCCAGCAGGGGGCAGCACCGAGCCUGGCCCACCGGCACAGCCCGUGUACACGCACAGAUGCCGUGCAGAUGGAGGUGUAUGAAGCCCUCAAGGAGACCAUGGAGAAGCUGCAGCUGCGCUUCAGAGCUGUGAUGCAGGAGAAGGCCGACUUGAAAGAGCGACUGGAGGAGCUGGAGCACCGCUGCAUUCAGCUCUCUGGAGAGACGGACACAAUUGGGGAAUAUAUUGCCCUGUACCAGAACCAAAGAGCCUUAAUGAAGCAGAGAAACACAGAGAAGGAUCGAUACAUCAGUAAGCUGGCCAAAGAGAAGGAAGACAUGAAGGUGAAGCUGGCAGAGCUGCAGGAGCUUGUUGAGCGUCUGGUAGGAGAGAGGGACUGCCGGCACAGUGGCUCCUUCAGCGAUCCUGACCUACUGUCCAAUACCAUGGAACCGGAACUUGAAGAGGACGUAGAGCCGAGGACUACCCAUCCACCAGUGGCCUGCUUUGAAGAGUAUGCAGGCAAUCAAACUUGUUCUCACUCCCUGAACUCAGCACUGGAUCCAGUGCCCAAGAGAGAGCAGAUAAAACAAACCGAGAAGAACGGAACUACCAGGCAGAUCAUGCAACUGCUGCGGGAGAUCCAGGAACCUCAGACCGGCAGUGUGCCCUUCCCGGGCAUUAACCCCAGCAUUCCUUUCUUCUACCGACCUGAUAUACACAACCAGGUUAACAUUCUGGUGAUGUGAAUUCCAUCCUGCAAAAGUGUGGAACCUCCUGGUCCCAGUGCAAGGGUAGCUCCUGCCUGGAAGAGGAAUACUGUGUAGUCGUGUUUGAUGCAGGGCUACAUGGGUCAGC